AUGGCGAGCUCUACUGCUAGCGAACUAUGUUGUUUGAACAACUCUGCUACCAGUGAACUCUGUUGUUUAAGCAACCCUACUACCAUCGAACUCUGCUCGAACUCUUCAGCUGAUGACAACUCUCCUGUUAGCGAGUCUUCGGCUGAUGGCAACUCUGAUGUUAGCGACAACUCAGCUGAUAACGAGUCUGCUGAUGACAACUCUGCUGAUGACAGCUCUGCUGUUGACGAACUGCUUACGAUCAGUUGUCUAGGGCAGAUAAGGUGCGCUGUCUUUCUUUCUCUGACUUCUUCUUCCCAAGAUUCUACAGAGAAAGAUAGCCAGCAAGCCAGCCAAACUUCACCUGCCCACCUCUUCUUCAAUCUCUCUCUACUCGUCAUUCUUCUUCCAGCACACAUUGUAACAGCUAUUGUGGCAUCUCAGGAAGCAUUUCAUCUCCUCCUUGAUCUUCUCUACGCGUCAUUCCAAAAAAGAGAGGUAAAUAAGAAGGUUCUCAAAGUUCCCGGCAUAGAGCAGAAGGUUCUUGAUGCUACUAGCAAUGAACCUUGGGGACCCCAUGGGUCACUUCUUGCUGAUAUUGCACAGGCUAGCAGAAACUAUCAUGAAUACCAGAUAACUAUGUCAAUAAUAUGGAAGCGCAUUAAUGAUACAGGCAAAAAUUGGCGGCAUGUCUACAAGGGAUUGACGGUUCUGGAAUAUUUGGUAGCCAAUGGCUCAGAGCGUGUAAUUGAUGAUAUCAAAGAACAUGUUUAUCAAAUAUCUGCAUUAUCAGACUUUCAAUACAUUGAUUCAAGUGGAAAGGACCAAGGAAACAAUGUCAGGAAGAAAUCUCAGUCUCUUGUGGUCCUAGUUAAUGAUAAAGACAGAAUACAAGAAGCACGUCAGAAAGCAGCUGCUAAUAGGGAAAAGUUUCGCAACACGUCAACGGGCAAUAUGUAUAGGCCAAGUACCGGAGGAUAUGGUGAUCGAUAUGAUGAAGAUCGUUAUGGAAGCAGAGAUGAUGACCGUGGUGGCUAUGGGGGUAAUAAAGAUGGUGAUGGUUAUGGUCGAUAUGGUGAAUCACAGGGACGUAAUGGGGAUCGUUAUGGUAGAGAUUCUGAUGAACGAUAUGGCAGGGAAGAUUAUAAGGAUGAUGAUAACCGUGGGAGAAGAAGCUUCGAUGGUCAACAGUAUAGCUCAAGGAGUAGGAGUUCUGACAGAGAGAAAGAUCAAUCUUAUGAGGGUGAUGGUCAAUAUUCAUCAAGAGGAAAUGGUGCUAAAGUUGAUGAUAAUUCUCAAGAUGGAAGGAAACCUGACAUGAAGUAUUCAGAGCAAAACUUUAAUGCUCCUCCAAGUUACGAGGAAGCUGUGGGUGAAGUAAAAAGCCCUGUUAGGAGCGAAAGGGGUGGAGAAACUUCAGCAGCAUCUGCUCCUAGAACAUUUAGUCCUCCUGUAAGUGAACAGGCAGCUGUGGAAUCCGUCUCUCCAGCUUUAGCUGCUGCUUCUCCCACUUUUCCUGAUCCCUCCAGAGAUAACGAUGAUUCUAGAUUUGAUCAAUUUGAUCCUCGUGGAUUUGCUCCGGCCCCUUCUGUAUCCUCAAAUGGUGCUGAAAUUGACUUGUUGGGUUCUCUCACUGAAGCCUUCUCAUCAGAUGCAUUGGCAGUUGUACCAGUCACAGCGGUAUAUGCAGCCUCUGAGGCGGAUGCCUUUUCAAACCAUGGCCCCGUUCCCACAUUCGCUGCAUCUCAAUCACCACCUACAUUCGCUGCAUCUCAAUCACCACCUACAUUCGCCGCAUCUCAAUCGCCACCUACAUUCGCCGCAUCUCAACCGCCACCUACAUUCGCCGCAUCUCAAUCGCCACCUACAUUCGCUGCAUCUCAAUCCCCACCUACAUUCACAAAUCAGGGUUUUGAUGAUCCAUUUGGUGACGGUCCAUUUCAAGCUCAUUCAUCUACUACUACUACAACAUCUGUACCAACUCAAUCCCAGCAAGUGAUUUCCACAUCAUCUUCCAUUCCUGCUGAUACUUAUAAUAAUAAUAAUUUUGAAACACCCCAGAACUCAUUUUCCACCUUACCUUAUGCUGCUACAUCUAGUGUUCCCAAUGUUCAUCACCCUUCUACGGAAUCACAAUUCUUGCAUCAAGAACAUCCUAUUUCCAAUCAGGAUAAUGAUAUUUUGGCAAAUAUUCUCCCAUUGGCUGGACCUUCAUUUCCCGCUCCUCCACAGAUGGGGUUCCCCGGGCAGGGACCCAGUGGCUUUCCAGUUCAGGCACAACAACCUACAAGUGUUAAUGCAUCUCAAGGUCCUCAAUCUGGUUUUAACACUCAGAAUGCCAACUUUUAUGGGAGCCACCAACAGCCAGGAUCUACAGCUGCACAAGCUCAAUACUACAUGGGUUCACAACCUCCUCCUCCUCCUCCUGUACAAGCUCAACAGUAUAGCAAUAAUCCAGGUUUAUUACCUCCACAAGCAGGAGUAGCAGGUCCUAGAUUUCAAAUAUCUCCUCAAGUACAAUCAAACACUCCUCAAAUGUCUUCACAAGUGGGUUUAUCUUCUUCUACUGGAGCUCUUGUUGUAGCCACCCCACCACAACCACCCGCUGCAAAGGACAAAUUUGAGCCCAAGUCUGCAGUUUGGGCUGAUACCCUUAGUCGGGGGUUGGUCAAUUUGAACAUAUACGGAUCUAAAACAAAUCCGUUAGCGGAUAUUGGAGUUGAUUUUGAUGCUAUAAAUAGAAAGGAGAAAAGGAUGGAGAAAUCUACAGCAACAACAGUUGCGCCUUCAUUGGUUAACAUGGGGAAAGCUAUGGGAUCUGGUUCUGGAAUGGGACGACCUGGUUCAAUUGGUGUUAGACCUCCUCCUCCAUCAGCAAACCCUAUGAUGGGUCCUCCAGGAAUGCAAAUGGGAAUGGGAAUGGGAAUGCAAAUGGGAAUGGGUGGAAGGCCAGUACAGGGCAUGGCUAUGGGGAACUAUGGUGGAAUGGGAAUGGGAAUGAAUACCGCCGGUGGUGGAAUGGGAAUGGGAAUGAAUACCGCUGGUGGUGGAAUGGGAAUGAAUACAGCUAGUGGUGGAAUGGGAAUGGGAGGCUAUAAUAUGAUGCAACAACAACAACCAACUGGAUUCCCACCUAGAUCAAUGGGUGGUGGGUAUAAUAAUAAUAAUCCCAUGAUGGGUGGUGGUUAUAUGCCUCAACAACAACAGCCUUAUGGUGGUGGUGGAAGUUAUCAAUAAUAGAAUGAAGCAAAAUCAAAGUCGAAAUUGAGAAAGAGUUGAAGGCAGCUAUUAUUUCUGGAAUUAUAUUUUUGCUGAGUGUUUAGAAAAAAAGGUAUUAUUCAUCUUAUUAGAGCCGCUCUCUGUUCUGCUUACUUACAUUUUUUGAGACCCCAUCAACUACUAGUUGUUCUAUCGCCUUCUAUUAUGUACUCUCUGUCUGUAUGUGUAUGGUUGUGUUAUUUUGUUCAUCCUCUUCAUGGGUUCUUGCUAUUAUUUUAGCAAGUCUUUCUUAAAUAAUCUCUCUUAUGAUUGUUGUGGGAUUCUUAUGUGUAUUCAGCAGGAUAUAUUCAUUCAUAUUUUCCACCUUUAUUUUCUUUAUACACUAAAGUUGAUG